UAUAUAUAUAUAUACCCGAGUUACUUGGUUGAAGCAAACUGGAAGGAUUAUUUACAACUUCCUUUACAAAAAUAUGAACUGUUCAGUUUUGUGCUGGCCAAGUUUUUCUGGAUACACUCACACUAGAGACACUUUCAAUAAUCCAUUCUGUAUUUUAUUUUUUUUCUCAUCUAGUUAACUUUACAUAAAAAUGUCAUGCAAAAUACCCAUUUCCUUUUGAAGUAUGAAACUGAGCCAUUAUUUAUAGUUAAUGAAACAAUCAUCAUUGGUAUCAGUGUUGUGUACAAACAGAUGCUGUAUUCAAAUCCAUGGUAUCUCUUGAGAGUUAAACUGAUGGAAAAAUUGUUUGUCUUUAGAUGAUAACUACUGUAACUUAAAGGAAAGCGUGUUAUUGAAUUUGAUUGCAAAUUACGGCCAAUGACGUAGAAAUGAUUAUCAUGAGGGAGUGGGCGCUAGUUUGGUCACCAAAAUAACUGCUAGCUAGAGACGAAUAUUGGAGGUAUUGGAAUAUUGGAAUUUUGUCAGCCUUUGAUAGAAAUUGAUUUUUGUCUACCAGAGUUUUCUUUGUGAUUCACAGAGUCAUGCUUGGGAUAUUGUGUUACCACUACGGAGGCAUUUAUUUAUACUUCUUCCUUUAGAAGCAGUUUAAUUUUCUGUGUAGGUUAAAGUGGAUAAAUGUUUGUCUUUUGACGCUCCUGGAUUAUUGAGUUCUAAGUAAAGAUGAGUUUGUCUGUAGACUUCAUAAAACGUACAACAUUCUUUACUUAAUCGACACUCUUCUUCCAAAGGCUACAUGAUUGUAUAUUUAGUGUUCUGGUAGUGUUAAGAUUAAUAAAUUGCUGCUAGAUAUUAAUUCAACUGAAAUAUGGAUUUUUCAAGCGGAAUACCGUAGAUAGAUUGUAGAGAGGGAAAUGUUUGGGUUUUUGAACUACAUUAACUUGGGUAGGCCUCUCAGUUCACCUCUGAUUGAUACAAGUUCUGAACAUUUUGGAAAACCUGGUAUUGAUACAAGAAUGAAAUUUUCUGUGGAACCAUCGAGUGGGGACAGUGCAUUUGAGCAGUGGAAAGAUGCUAUGAAAGCUGUUGCUAGGUUACCACUUGGGAUCCCGGCAGAAUUCAGAAAAAAGGUGUGGUUGAGUUUAGCAGAGCAGCAUAUUAAAGAGAUGAAAAUAGACUGGGAUAAGACGGUUCGAUUUGCUUUCAAUGAAAGAAGCAACCCUGAUGAUAAUAAGCUUGGUCUACAAAUUGUUAAGGAUCUACACAGGACUGGUUGUAGUGGUUUCAGUGGUGAAGACAAUGAAGAAGAGAGAGCCUUAUUGAAGAGAAUAUUAUUAGCUUAUGCUAGAUGGAACAAAGUGGUUGGGUAUUGUCAGGGUUUCAACAUGAUAGCCGCUCUACUGCUUGAGGUCAUGGACAGGAAGGAGUCAGAUGCUUUGAAGGUUAUGAUAUACUUGAUAGACCAUGUACUACCACAGGGAUACUUUGCCAACAACCUUCGAGCCCUCUCUGUUGAUAUGGCUGUGUUCAGGGAUCUGUUGAAGAUAUUCCCAAAGUUGUCUCGACAUCUAGAUUACCUGCAGCAUGCUCAAGACCAGACCUCAGGUGGAUGUUACGAGCCUCCACUUACUAAUGUGUUCACUAUGCAAUGGUUCCUCACAUUGUUUGCUACCUGCCUGCCAAAAUCUACAGUCCUACGUGUCUGGGACUCCAUACUCCUUGACGGCUCGGAGAUAUUGUUGAGAACUGCUCUAGUCAUAUGGGGAAAACUAUCUAGUCGCAUCCUCACUGUGUCCUCGGCAGAUGAGUUUUACACGCUCAUGGGAGAUAUCACCCAGGAAAUGCUAGAAGGAAAUAUUCUCGAUGCAGAUUCAAUGAUCAAGAGUAUUUACUGUAUAGCCCCCUUCCCACUGCCUCAGCUAACAGAAUUGCGUGAAAAAUAUACUUACAAUAUACGACCUUUCACCCCUUCUUCAAAGAAGGCAUCUUGGCCAGAAGGAACUGUGCUGCCUAGCGAUGAGGAUGACCUUGAGGAUGAAGAUUUAGAAAAUAUUACAUGUUUUACAGGAUUUAUACCAACUAACGUUUCAUCUAGUGUCAAACAUCAUAAAGGUUUAGAAGGCAACCAAAGGACAGGCAGCUUACCUGAUAUUUCCUCCCUCGGUCCAGGAGCGUAUGGUAUGGGACCAGCUGACGGUUCUGGUGUACCGAACAUUCCGGCAUACAUGGAGAGAAUGUCAACCGACAUAAGUGCACUUAAGAAACAAUAUACCAAACUUCGUCAGCGACAGAACCAGGCUCAUAUAAUUCUUACUUCUGCUUCCGCGAGACAUCAGGCUAUGAAGUCCAAACCAAUGAUGCCUAAGAUAGAGACACCGACUGCCAUGAACCAUUUGUUCCUUAACAAACAAAACAUCAAGGGACGCAACAGGUUCAUAGCUGAAGGACCUAGAAUUGCCAAUGUCUACCCUGUGUUUGAACCCCAGGCAUUGAACAAACAGUCAAAGAAGAGUAAAAAUAAAGCUUUACAGUCAAAUGGUGAGAAACAGAAGUGGAACCAGAAGAUGAAGACAGAGAAGAACAUCGAAGAAAAGGCCUCAUGUAGCAAUGGUCAGUUACAGAUCAAAACUUCAGCAACUGCUGCAGCUGAUAAUGAACUACAUAAAAACACUAAUAAUUCCAGUUCUGUAGAUGUUACUGAGAAUAUUCCUAAACAAGAAUCUGAAGAUUCUACCAAGUGUGAUAAUAUUAAAGAACAUGGUGCUGAAACUUCUGAUGAUCCAAGCAUAGCAGAAUCAAAAAGUUCUGGUAAGUGUGUUCAAAGAGUUCUUCAGCACAAAGAUUCUGGAUUGGGCUAUUCAGUGAGUUCACCAUUAUUUUCAGGCUCUUCUACAGAAAGCUCCCCACAGCAUUCCAGCUAUUCCUCUGUAGAAAGUAGUUGUAGGUCUAAAUGUGAUGAAGCAGAUGCAUCUGAACAUUUGAAAGGUGAAGAGAUUCAGUCUGUAGGAACUUCUGACAUAGUGGAUUCUAACUUGUCUGAAAAUUAUGAUAAUCAUAUAAGUGAUCUUUCUAAUUUGGUAAAAGAGAUCUGCGACGCUCAGUGCAAUGAUUGGCCUACUGACAAACAAGAAAUGGAUAGUAAAAUUUGUAGAAAUGUUGAAGAAUACAAUGAAAGAGAAAAAAAUAUUGCUGAUUGUGAAAAUUACACAAAUGAAGACAAGGUUGGUGGCAAAAGUGAUGUAGACAUCACAGAUGUGAUUAGUGAUGAUUAUAACAAGGGUAAUCAUAUAGUGGUUGAAGGAUAUGGUGAUAGCAGUCGCAAUAACGCUGCAGAUGAUGUAGAAGCAGAUAGUGCUGGUGCUACUGGAGAUAAUACUAAAGUAGGAGAGAUAAAUAAAGGUGCUAAUGACCUAAAGGGUAAUACUACCCUAGAGAUACCAUGUCAAGUAGACAUUGAAGUCAGUGAAUCUGAUACAAAUGAAGCUGCUAGUGACUGUAUAGGAAUGGCAUCUGAUGCAAUGAAUAUUAGUAGACCUGAAAUAAAAGGAAAUAAAGAAUUAACAAAUCAGAAACAAGAUCUGACACUUAACAGCUCGAACAGUUCUCCACAAUUAUGCAGUAGUGAUAAAUCCCCAUACAGAUCUGCUGGUAAGUCAGACAGUUCCAAUUCGGUUGUAUCCAUCCAUUCAGGUGAUGACACAGAGAUAUUUCCUGAAGUGUUCAGCCCCACUACCUCCAGUGGGCAGGCCUCCUUCCAACAGUAUUACAUUAACAAAAGAAACUUGAGCUCUGAAUCACCAAAAGGUCUUGAUGCUCAAUUAAAAAAGACACAAAUGCCUAAGAAAGUGUUUAAUCCUUUUCCAGUCAAGCAUAUGAAUCAAAAUCGAGCAAAAACUGGUAUUAAACUCGGACUUUACACACCAUCAACUUUGCAAGAAUACGAAAGGAGCUUAAAAGGCCAGCCCCUUUGGGGGAAGUGAAAUCUAGUUCUAUGUUGUAAGGUAUUUUUGUCUUAGAUACUGUCAUUUUGCCCUUCCUUGGGCCACUUGUACAUACAACCAAACAGUGUGAAUGUAAACAAGAGUGCAGAAAAUGAUCAAGGGCUUGAGAUCAGGGUCAAAGGUUAUGGAAUAAUAGAGUUUAAGACCUGUUAUCAAAUUCAAGUAUUUGAUUCGCUGCUUCUGUUUCUGAGACUGGUAUCAUAACUAUGUUUUAUAUUACCAUGGACCCAGCAAAAUCAGCAGGAAAAUAGUAUUUUUAGCUCGACUAUUCAUAGAAUAGUAGAGCUAUUGGACUCGCCCAUGCGUCGGCGUCCGCGUCGGCGUCCGUGUCGGCGUCCGCGUCCCCGUCCCGAUUUUGGUUAAGGUUUUGUAUGUAAGCUGGUAUCUCAGUAAUCACUUGUGGGAAUGGAUUGAAACUUCACACACUUAUUCACUGUGACAAACUGACUUACAUUGCACAGGUUCCAUAACUCUUUUUUGCUUUUUUACAAAAUUAUGCCCCUUUUUCGACUUAGAAAUUUUUGGUUAAGGUUUUGUAUGUAAGCUGGUAUAUCAGUAACCACUUGUGGGAAUGGAUUGAAACUUCACACACUUAUUCACUGUGACAAACUGACUUACAUUUGCACAGGUUCCAUAACUCUUUUUUGCUUUUUUACAAAAUUAUGCCCCUUUUUCGACUUAGAAAUUUUUGGUUAAGGUUUUGUAUGUAAGCUGGUAACACAGUAACCACUUGUGGGAAUGGAUUGAAACUUCACACACUUAUUCACUGUGAUGAACUGACCUACAUUGCACAGGUUCCAUAACUCUAUUUUGCUUUUUUUACAAAAUUAUGCCCCUUUUUCGACUUAGAAAUUUUUGGUUAAGGUUUUGUAUGUAAGCUGGUAUCUCAGUACUUACUAAUGGGAAUGGAUUGAAACUUCACAUACUUGUUCACUGUCAUGAUCUGACAUGCACUAAGCAAGUCCGGUAACUCUACUCUUUUUUUUUUCAAAAUUAUGCCCCUUUUUCGACUUAGCAGUUUUUCGUUAAAUUUUUGUAUGUAAUCUGAUAUCUCAGUAUCCACUAAUUGGAUUGGAUUGAAACUUCACACACUUGUUCACUGUCAUGAUCUAACAUGCACUGUGAAGGUCCCAUAACUCUACUUUGCAUUUUUACAAAAUUAUGCCCCUUUGACUUAGCAGUUUUUGGUUAAGUUUUUGUAUGUAAGCUGGUAUCUCAGUAUCCACAAAUUGGAAAGGAUUGAAACUUCACAAACUUGUUCACUGUCAUGAUAUGACAUGCAGUACAGAGGUUCAAUACCUCUACUUUGCAUUUUACAAAAUUAUGCCCCUUUUUCGACUUUUGUAUUCAUUCAAUUGACAAGGCUGUUGAAUAGUCGAGCGUUGCUGUCCUCCGACAGCUCUUGUUCUUCACCUUGGCAAAAAGUAUAUAGAGAGAGAGACUGAAAGUUGUAUAAACGUGAUGAAAAUCUUAUAAAUUAAUGUUUUUCUGAAUCAUCCAAACCUUAGAAUUUUUGUGAGUUUUGUUGAUAGUAUUUGAAGAUUUUUUAAAAUAAUUGUUAAACCUGAGGUUGCAAAAGAUGAUAACUUUGAUUGACUGAAGUAGAUCUCUCUGUGAACUUAUUUGUUGAGACAAAAUUAGCUUUUAAACACUUGUAUAAUGAAUGAACUACUCACUAUUUAAAAACUGUUACUUUGAACCACUUAAAAAUUUUAUAUACACAAGUUCAAUUAAGUCAGUGGUUGGAAUUAUAUUCGUGUAAGUAUUUUGAUCUCUAGUACUUUACCUACUGUUUGUAGGUAUGAAGCAAAUAUGAAAGUGUUCUGCCAAGGAUGUAAAUAGUUCCAUUUUUGUUUGAAAGCUGCAAUUUUCCAGUAGCAUUUUUCUUUUGUACAGUUUUUCUGACAUAUUUGAGAAAUGUUUGCCAUAUUGUGAAUCUCAUGAUGAUAUGUGUCAGAUCCAGAGCCAUUGAUUUGGUUGUGUAAAGUUUUAUUUUUACAUUUUGUUUAAUUAUUAUUUAUAUUUAGCAUAAUACACUUAUACACUAGCUUGUUUUUCUUUACAACAUCUUUUUAGCUCACCAUAGCCAAAAGGUAAAAUUGAGCUAUUAGUAUAACUGGAUACUCUGGCAUCUAUUUUUUUGUAAAGACUUCUUCUCAAGAACAGGUUGAUGGAUGUUCACCAGACAUUGUCUGUAUUGUGGUGGUAUGGAUCUUUCUCAAGUGGUUAUGUAAUAUGGUUUGCCUAAGCUAAAUAUAAAAAAGCCCAUAUCUGAUAUCUUCUCAUGAAUGCUGAAUGCUGUAUAUUGCCUAUACUGAUAUAAGCCUUGUUUGAAUAACUCCUCUUACAGUUGUCAAAGGAUCUGAAGAUCAUGCCCAAGCUUACAGAAAUGUAUUGUGAAUCAUGCCACGUUCAAGAGCUGUGAACCUUUAAAAUUUGCUACAGGGGUAUAUGAAUGACUCGUGUAACAGUAUGUAGCCCAAACAAAAGAAUGUCUAUUAAAUGAACUUACACAUAUUGUCAGGAUAACAUGUACUACUAUAUACCCAAGUAUAAAUACUUCCCCUCCAAAGUAAAUGCACCUUAUCCUGUUUACCAAAAACUGAAAAGCAGUUAUGUAAACCGCAAUAUUUAUAUUGUCAUGAUAUACAUUUAUUACCAUAUACCCCAGUAGAAAUGCCCCUAUAUCCACCCUUUAUAAACAAGCCCCCAUCUCCUGUUUGUAACAAAAAGUUUGAUUUUGCAUACACUUCUGUAAGCAUUAUCACAGUAUACAGACCCCACCCCCACCUCUUCCAAUAAAAAGCCCUGUAAACCUGUAAACCAAAAAAAACUUUUAGUUUUGUCAUUUUAAUUUAUAGCUGAAUGCAUACAUAUUUACUUAAGAAAUGAAAUGUAUUUUUUUGGUGUUCAUGUGAAAUGAACGACGGAACAGGAUCGGCAAAUGCAUGUUUAAUUUGAUGAUCCUGUUCUGUCAUUCAUUUUGCAUGAACACCGAAGAAAUACAAUUCAUUUCAUAUAUUUUCAUUAUAUUUCCUUUCCAUUUGUAAACAAAAUUAUAUCAUAAAUUGCACACAUUUUGUUGUAUUUAACAUUAAAAUCAACUUUCCGGCAAUUCUGUUCACCAGACGGAACAACCGUGACAUCAUCUUAGAACGUUCUCCCUGACUACGCAGACAUCGUCAAAACAGCGGCCUGUUAUUACUAAGCAGCAUUGACGUAACUUUCAUGCCUUUCAUUUUGUUGUUCAUAAGAAAUGAACGUCAAAUUUUUCAGUGGAGAAGAAUAGGGCGAAUGUAAAUAUAAAAAUUUGUUAAACUUAAUAUGUAAGAAAGAUAAGUGGUUUAAAUGUUUCAUUCUUUAAUAUCCUAUAUGCAAGUGUUGUCCCUUUAUUCGUGUGGUUUUGCUGAGCUGCACACCUGCAUUUUCAGAGCUGAAUAUGGAAAAAAGAACAACUCUGUUUUAAAGCGCUUUUGUUUCAAAUGAACCACUUGAUGGAUAUGACCAAAAUGUCUUACAUGAACCUGUUCCAAUUGUAAAGGUCAACAUUAAACAUGUCGCAAGAUUUUGGAAAGGAAGAACUACUCAUGAACUGCUUGGUUAAUCUUCACUAAAACUUGGUUAAAAACACCCUAGCAAUUACCUGUCUUAAGGUUUUCCACAGGAUUCCUUCUUGCUGUGCAUAUGAAUUAAUUUUUUCAGGUGAGCGACUAGGGGCCAACUCGGUCUCUUGUAUUUCAUAAUAUUUACAGUUAUAACCAGGUAAAAGGUUUAAUUUGACAAAUGUAUAUUUAUUUAUUUGUUUUUUGAGUGCAAUAGCCUUUUUUCUGUAAAUUUUCUUAUAUUAAUUAAUGUAUUUACACUAACCGGAUUUUGGUAAAAAAUAUUUCCUUCAAUCAAACAGAAAUUGUAUAUGCUUGUCUACAUAGCUGGAAAAGUAUACAGUUGUCUGAUCAUGUACUAGAAAUAGAUAUUCCUGUCUUUCCAUAGGGAAAAAGGAUCUUUCAUGCCUGAGAGACAGCUGUUUUCCCAACCCUCAGAACAACAUGGAUAUAAAGCCUUCCUAGUGCUUGGUUUUCAAUUCCACACUGUCCCUUUGGUAGGAAAAACCCUGUCUUACAACGGCAGACAUGUAGGAUUCUUGCAUACUUUCCCCGUGAGAGAACUGUGGCCAUAAGUUGAAGCACUGUUUAUUUUUACUAUGAUUUAGUAUUAAAUAUUUUAGUAAAAUGUUUUGUAGCCAUUAGUUUCCAGUCUUGAGUAGAAAAUAUUGGCUGAAAAGAAAAUACUGUUUUUGUGGUAUUUUUAUGCCCCCGAAGGGAGGCAUAUAGUUUUUGAACCAUCUGUCUGUCUGUCUGUCGGUCUGUCUGCAAUUUUCGUGUCCGGUCCAUAUCUUUGUCAUCGAUGGAUGGAUUUUCAAAUAACUUGGCAUGAAUGUGUACCACAGUAAGACGACAUGUCGCACGCAAGACCCAGAUCCGUAGCUCAAAGGUCAAGGUCACACUUAGACUUUAAAGGUCAUUUUUCAUGAUAGUUGGGCGUGUCCGGUCCAUAUCUUUUUCAUCGAUGGAUAGAUUUUCAAAUAACUUGGCAUGAAUGUGUACCACAGUAAGACAACGUGUCGCACGCAAGACCCAGGUCUGUAGCUUAAAGGUCAAGGUCACAUUUAGACGUUAAAGGUCAUUUUUCAUGAUAGUUGGGCGUGUCCGGUCCAUAUCUUUGUCAUCCAUGGAUGGAUUUUCAAGUAACUACACAUGAAUGUAUGGCACAGUAAGAUGACGUGUCGCGUGCAAGACCCAGGUCUGUAGCUCAAAGGUCAAGGUCACACUUAGACGUUAAAGUUCAUAUUUCAUGAUAGUGCAUUGAUGGGCGUGUCCGGUCCAUAUCUUUGUCAUUUAUGCGUGGAUUUUAAAAUAACUACGCAUGAAUGUGUGGCACAGUAAGAUGACAUGUCGCGCGCAAGACCCAGAUCCGUAGGUCAAAGGUCCUAAACUCUAACAUCGGCCAUAACUAUUCAUUCAAAGUGCCAUUGGGGGCAUGUGUCAUCCUAUGGAGACAGCUCUUGUUUGUUUUUGACAAAGUUAAAUACCAAAUUUGUUAACAGUGUUUUAUAUAUAGGAAUGUUCUGUCUCAUACAUAGCUUUAAUUUGUUUUUUGUUACAUACUGAUCAAUUUUAAUUAUACUGUUACAUUUCCAAUUAUUUAAUGAAGUUGUUACAUUUCAAAAUAGUUUUGUUUGUUUGCGUUUUAUUGUAUUCUUCUUUUCUAUUGUGAUGGAUUUUUUUGAAAAUAAUCUCUCCUACUUCCAUUACACAGUGUAUAAUAUACAUGAAUGGUCUGUUUGAUUUAGCAUAUAACAUUUAUUAUACAGUAACAGAAUUGUAUUGGAGAGAAUCCUGUAACAGGUGCCAGUAUAGGUUUAGUUGUGGCAAAAACAACUUAAGGCAUGCAGUUUCAUUUGAUAAUUGUUUUGUAAUGUUUUCUUUUAUAAUUUCUCAGAAAAAAAUAUAGUUGACAAUGUCUAACUUGUUUAACUUCCCUCCCCCUCCCCCCCCCCCGCCCCCCACCCCACUCCACCCUCCAAGCCCCUCCCAAGUUUAGCUAUAUUGAUAUGAAUAAAGAAUAAGCUUAUUGCAUUGCAUGCCAGUUAAUAGGCAGAUAGUUUUGACUGUUGGCUGACAAGCCAUGUAGUAAGUGUUUUAUUACAUUCCAUCGUAAAUACAUUUUCACAAAUUUCACUUUUAUCAAGUAGAAAACCUGUACUGUAAACCAGUCAGUAGUACUAAGAAUGGAUUUAUUUAGUGAUUUAUAUAAGGAGUCCAGUAGUUUUGUCUAUUAUUUGAGACUUGCCAUUUAAUGCAUUUAUAACUUUAUUAUUUGUGAAGAAGUUUGGAGGUCAAAAAUGCAAAUCCCUGGAUGAGGCCAUUUUAAUUGCCGCUAACUGAAAUACCAUUUCACAUUUCUUUCACAAAAACCUGAAAUACUUAACACAACUAACGACAGAUUUUCACACUAUAUGUAUGGCUUCUAAUAUGUUAAAGACAGACUUCAAAUUUCUUAUGUAAAUAAUUUUAGCACAGUAUUGUGAACUGUUAUUGUAUUGUCAAUACGGUAUUUAAUCACCUAUUUUAUAAUUUGAUCUCAAGAUGACUUACUGAGGUUGUUUUUUUUUUGACAUCUGCAAACAAGCUAAUAGGAUAUUUAUAUUAUUUGUCUAAAUACAUAAAUGUUAUAUUAAUGACCACAAUUCAUCUGUAUAUGUCUUAAAUGCUCUGUUUAUUUUCCGAUAGAUUGUAGCGAUAGUGAGAGAAAUUUUCAAACUGCCUUUGUAAAGUAGGUAAAAAUUGAUCCAAUUUUUAAAUUAUCAUCAGACUGUAACAUCUGGACACAAAAUGUAAGGAAUAUAAAAAUGUUGAUUAUUAUAGGAUACAGUUUUCUUUUCUCAUUAAAAGUAUGCAUUACAACUGCACGCAAACAGAGUAAAUGGGUUGUAUUAUAUGCACUGUUGAAUGUUUUCCUAUCAUUCCCUGAAUUAUGUCGAUAAAGAAGUGUGUGUGUUGUUUGUUAUUGUCGAGGAUACAGCAUUUUGUAAUUCGUUGAUUUGUAAGUAAUACAUUAUUUGUUGAAACUGAAUAAUGUCAAUGUAUUAUUUCAUGGAAAUUUAGGAAGCUGUAAAAUAUUUAUUUAGAGAAAGAAAUAGUUAUGAUUCUUUGUUUCUGUAUCUCGCGAUUUUUUAAAUCUCAGCUUAAAAUAUUUGGUUGGAGUAUUUUGUACAUGCUCAGUAUAAUAUUAUAAUUUUAUUAGGUUAAGUACUUGACCUGCACCUCAUAGUGUCAGUACUGGUAAAUGUGUUUUUUAUUGGUGACGGGGGAAGAGAGGGGGAGGGUUGAGGAGGAAAUGGGAAUUUUGAUAUAAAUUGAAGUAAAUACAUUUAAUUUGCAAAUUGCUAGUUUCAUAGCAUACUUACCGAUUUUUUCAUAUCCUGUUUGGAUAUCUAUAAACUGUGCAGAUCCUAGUUUUUUACUGUUAUUUAUGGAUAUAAAUUUACAUAUUUCUCUGCCUUUUGUAUGACAGAUAGAAAAUGUUUAAGGUUAUUUUAUGUUUUGUGUAGUUUAAGAUCUGGUUUUAUAACAGUCUGCUUUAUAGUCGCUAGACUACAAUGAAAAUGCUGAUGUUGGGUGGCAGGUAUUGAAUAAAGUGAGAUAUAUAGUAAAGGUAUGUUUCAACAGUGAAAACUGAUAUGAAAUGGUUUACUAGUAUUUAUGGAAAUAAAACAAUACUUUAUGGUAAGUAGUAUAAGAUGAUUUAUAGGAAUAUAAAUUUACCUUUCAUUGAAAUCCAAGAAAAAUAUCUUUUCGUUUGUAAAGUUUGGUAGAAUAUUUUUGGUAUUUAUUUUUGCAUUGAAUGACUUAGAAAGAGGAGAUAUGCCUGUUAGUAACUAAACAUGAUAUAGAUUUGUAGCUUAACUUUUAGAAAAAUUCUAAUGAAAUGUAUUCUAUUAUCAAAUAUGUAAUUUACAGCCUAAUUUUGUGGUAACAGAAAAAGACAUCGCUAUGUAAUUCAGUUAUGUGAAAUGCUUCUCUUGAAUAUUUCUUACUGUGUCUAGUUCGGUUAUGUGAAAUGCUUCUCUUGAAUAUUUCUUACUGUUUCUAGUUCAGAUAUGUGAAAUGCUUCUCUUGAAUAUUUCUUACUGUGUCUAUUUCAGAUAUGUGAAAUGCUUCACUUGAAUAUUUCUUACUGUGUCUAGUUUAAUUAUGUGAAAUGCAUCUUUUGAAUAUUUCUUACUGUGUCUAGUUGCUUCUCUUGAAUAUUUCUUACUGUUUCUAGUUCAGUUAUGUGAAAUGCUUCUCUCGAGUAUUUCUUACUGUGCCUAGUUCAGUUAUGUGAAAUGCUUCUCUUGAAUAUUUCUUACUGUUUCUAGUUCAGUUAUGUGAAAUGCUUCUCUUAAAUAUUUCUUAUUGUUGCUUCUCUUGAAUAUUCUUACUGUGUCUCUUUCAGUUAUGAGAAAUGCUUCUCUUGAAUAUUUCUUAUUGUGUCUAAUUCAGUUAUCUGAAAUGCUUCUCUUGAAUAUUUCUUACUGUGUCUAAUUCAGUUAUCUGAAAUGCUUCUCUUGAAUAUUUCUUUCUGUGUCUAGUUCAGUUAUGUGAAAUACCUCCCUUGAAUAUUUCUUACUGUGUCUAGUUCAGUUAUGUGAAAUGCUUCUCUUGAAUAUUUCUGAGCCAGGUUCCAUCAACUUACAGUUUACAAAAUUAUGCCCCUUCUUCAAGGUUUUUUUCCAGUCAGUGUUUUAGUGUAAUUAUGGUCCAUCUGCCCUUUCAGACAGACCAUCAUUAAACGUAAGCACUGACUGGAAAAAAAAUGGAAAGGGCAUAAUUUUAUAAACUGUAAGUUUAUGGAAACUGGCUCUUUCAUGAUGCCAUAGACCUAUUCUGCAGAGUUUAAAAGCAUUCAGUACAUUUUUUUCUGAGAAACUUAAUCUAUACAUAGAGCUCUGGAAAGCUUUUAUAUGAGAGCCAGUAUGAGGUGGAAGGGUUUCAGUUAGUUGAACAUGCUCUUUUUACACCAGUAUCUUCUUUUUUGCAAUACUUUGUCUUAAAUUGUUUCAAAAUACUGAAAAUUUGCAUUAAAGGUAUAUUGGACCAUUUUAACUUGUCCACUUUAUAUUCAAGUCCAUGCAUGUAACAAAUUCAGUAUGUUUUUUUUUUUUUUAUGUAAAAAGUAUGUUAAUAUUUUUACAUCUCUUAAAUGACUUUAUAUAUAUAUAUUGGGUAUAUACUGGAUCUGUUGAAUAAGAAUGGUUAAGUUUUGUUUUGUUUUUUGAAAACUUUAAUUAAAUGAUAAAAUCCAUGA